AUGAAGAUGCAAUAUUAUUCCGCAUCGGGAUACGAGAAGUUGCGUCGAAUGGGGUUGAAGUUGCCAGCGGAGAGGAUGGUUCGCAGAUGGGUUGCAGAAACCGAAGUCAACGUGGGGUUCUGUGAGCACGUAUUCGCAGCGUUGAAGCAGGCCAUGCUGGACAUCCCUCCCGAGGAGAGGUGUUGUGCGCUCAAGUGGGAUGAGAUGUCCCUGAUGGAGCGGGAGGAGUAUGACGUAAAGACCGACGUCAUCGAAGGCUUCGAGGACCUCGGACCUCUUGGCAGAACUGAGCGACGCGCCAAUCACGCCUUCGUUUUCUGCUUGAACGGACUGCAUGCGGGCAACCAAUGGCGAACGAUGUUGGCGUACUUUCUGCCAUGCAACAACGUGUCGGGCUCAGACAUUGUCCGGUUGGUGAGGCAAUGCAUCGGCAAAAUCAGCGAAGCCGGAGCUGACCUGAAGAUGACAGUCUGUGACCAGGGAACAAGUAACGGCAAAGCGUAUUCCGAAUUGGGAGUAAGUGAAGACCGGCCUCACUUCUUUCACGAAGGGAAAAAAAUCAUCGCGCUCUUCGACUUUCCGCACGCGGUAAAGAACGUUCUGGGAUUGUUCCGUAAGUGGGGUAAGAUCAGUGCAGCCGACAAGGUUGUUGCAUAUUCCGAUUUCACGAAUACUUUCCGUAGCGAUCUUGGAUGCGCGACGUCUAAUCUUUUAGGUCAUAUCACAGAAGCUCACAUGUGGCCUAACGCUUUCGAACGUAUGAAUGUCUCUCGAGCUUUCCAGGUUUUCAGCAAGCGAUUCGCUUCUGCGAUGGAAUUGGCGCGUCAUUCGAGAGCUGUGAGAUCAGAAACAAUUCCUGAGAUCGCAAGAUUUUGCCGAAGUAUGGACAAAAUCAUAGAUGCUUGCAACAGUUCGAGCAUCUUCAACGAGAACCCCGCAAAGAGACCUUUGAGCGAGGAGAACCCACAGGUGGAGCAAAUCCUCGUAGAAUUCCUAUCUUGGGCACCGGACAUGAAAGUGUGCGCUAAGGGCAGAUGGAAGCGACCUGCAUCAUUCGCAGGAAUGGUGCAAACUGUUCGCGGCAUUCUCAUGCUGUAUCGUCAGCUGCGAGAGCAGUUUCCAGGUUUUAAGUUAUGCACAGCAUUAUGUAACCAGGAUUCAGUGGAACAACUCUUUUCCAGAUUCCGAGGACGUGGUGGUUCUAAUCCGAACCCGACGUGCAGGAUGUACUUGAAGAAUAUAAGUGAACGGUUCCAGCAAUUUGCAUUCUAUAAUCCAUAG